CCGGUAUGGUGACAGAUGCAAGCAGUGUGGCCAAGUGGUACAUCACUGGGACGUGGGACACCCAGAUGGACAUUGCCCAGGUUCUACAGGUGGACGAGUCUGCAAAACGACCUGUUAUCGCUCAUGGACCCAAACGGACCAUAUGGAAAAGAGUAGAACCUCCGCCGGGGGACAAGAUGUACUACUUCACGCAGCUGGCCCUACAGCUGAAUGAGCCAGAGGAGGGCGUUGCCCCAACAGAUGCCCGGAAUCGCCCAGAUCAGCGUGCCAUGGAGAUUGGGGCAUGGGACGAGGCCAACAGAAUAAAGGUCCAGCUGGAGGAAAAACAGAGAGCUAGGAGAAAGAAGAUGGAGGCCGAGGCUGAAGCUGCCCUCAAACGAGGUGAGGAGCCUCCAGUCCACAAGCCCAUGUGGUUCGAGCGUUCUAAGGACCCGGUAACCGGUGAGAUGGUGUACAUGUCAAACAACCGCUACUGGAAGUGCCGCGAGACCCAGGAAUGGGCCGGAUGCCCGGACAUCUAUCUGUGAUAAACCCCCCCAACAUACACACACACUCACACUUACACAAAUGCGGAGAAUACCAACUGUUAAAUCCAGCAGCCUCAUGUUGAGGUUGUGGCGAGGUUAUAUGGCAGACUGCUUGGUGUGCCUUGGACUUACAGGGCUAUGGUCUAUGGAACAUUACUACCCCAGUUUACAGCAAUAAUGGGAAAAAUCAUUAUGAAAUCAUGAAAAGCUGGCUAAUUCUCAUGCAUUUAUAAUGGGAUAGUGUUUGUUAAAAGUCUGAAUGAAAUAUGUUCACUGUUCAUCAAAAGGAGUUGAGGAGCACAAGUUUUACAUAUAUUGCACCAAGUUGGAUUUCUCCUGUGGAGAUCAAUACACAUGUGCAUGAAGUCGUUACUGAAACUGUUAUAUGUGGUCAACACAUUUUCCAUGGACUGUAUUGAAUUGCAUGUAUGUUUUCACAAACUUGAAUAUGAUAUUGAAAGGAAUGUGAUCAAUUAAACUGCUUUUCAUGGCAUGAAUGGUUUAAAAUGUUUACACUUAAUGCUUUGUGCUUGCAUGUGAACUGUGCCGUAGAGAGAUGCCUGUGAUUGUUCACAUCAAUUCACAGUGUACUAUAGAAAAAUAAAUAUUCUAUAGCUGUUAUGAAAUCAUCCAAAAUGAUCUUUAAAUUGAUAGUGUGCUAUGUGAUUUAUCAUGUUACUGUUUAAUUUUAUUAAUUCGGAGUGUGUUUUUUUCCUGCAUUUCUCUGUUUCAGUCACUGAUGUUUUUUUCAUGAACUUUAUUUUUUUUUCAUGAACUUUAUUAUUUGGUGUUGUUUUUUUCUACUUUGAUAUGCAUAACCUUAUAUUUAUUGAUGAUACUCUCUGGAUGCUUACCUGACAACUAAAUUCUUUUAUUGCAUAAAUAUUCAAUUUACUGCACGACCAUGGACAUUUAAUGUGUUUUUUAUGAUCAUUUUAAUGGCAUUGUGCAUUCAUUGAUACUUGGAGGGUACAUGUUAACAUGAAAUAAUAAGCCUAGCAAUUUAAUUCAGAGUGGUUUGUACUGAACUAGAACGCAAAUAUGUGGCACAAUGGAGCUAUUUUGAUAGUUGAAGAAGUGCUUGCCAUGCCAUUCAGUGAUUUUUUGCGAAUAACAUCUUUUUAAAACCAAUCAUGCUGGCACAUAAAUGUUCAUGUAGUUCAUUUUUGAAUACAUUUAAACUUUUUAAUGCUGCAAUUUACAUAAAGUUAUCUAAACAGUUUAUGGGCGUUGAAAAUAGGUUUUUAUGAUUUUUGAAAUAAGAGCACUAGUUAUGUGAGGAACUUGAUUGAGAAUGUUUAUGGUUGUUUACAAAAACAUUGUAUUGUAGGUUACUGGUAUAUGUACACAUGCACUAUGUGUUUGAGCGUAACUGAGCAUCGAAAACAUACACAUUCACGCAAGUAGCAUUAAUAUGCAUGUAACAUUGGUGUUUUAUAGGAUUAAAGGAUUCAGUAUCAUUUGUACUGACAUAAUCUAAAGUUUGACCUGAUGCCUGGGGAGGGUCAUAAUGUCUUUAUUCAAGCUUAUCUCGUUGGGGUCCCCUUGGCUUCUCAGUAGAGGAACCCCGGUCUCUCUGCUAAGUAACCUCAGCUUCUCUGUUGGGUUACCUCAGCAUCUUUUGUGAGGGUAACCUCGGCUUCUCUUUUGAGGGUUACCUUGUUUUCUCUUUUGGUGUAACUUCAGCAUCUUUGUUGGAUAACCUCGGCUUCUCUUUGGGAUACCCCCGACAUCCCCUGUGGGGUAACCUCAGCUUCUCUGUAGGGUGCCUUCAGGUUCUCUUCUGGGGUACGCUUUGCUUCUCUUCUGGGGGUUUCACUGUUUAGUAACCUCAGCAUCGGUUGGGGGUAACCUCAGUUUCUCUGUAACCUUGACUUCUUUGAAGAGGGUAAUUUUGGCUUCUCUGUUGAAGGUAACCUCCACUUUACUUUGGAGUAACCUCUUAGUUUAACAAGUGCAAUGAUUUGUUGUUACAUUGAAUAUGUUAUUUAUAAAUGAUUACUAAUGUACAUUGUAUGAUGUUCAGAUUUGAACCAUUUGUCAUUAAAACUAUUGAAAUAUUGCUAAUAAAUGCAAUUAAAUACCCAG